AUGAAGGAAGUCAAACCAGACGUUAGUGCCGUAUUUGUCCCCGCGAAAUUCGCAGCCGCGGCUAUGCUCGAGGCAAUUGAAGCAGAGGUUCCUCUCGUUGUCUCCGUAGCAGAGCAUGUACCUGUUCACGAUAUGCUUCGGGUUCAUGAGGUCUUGCGAACGCAGUCCAAGACUCGGUUGGUAGGUCCCAACUGCCCAGGCAUUAUCUCCCCGAAUCAGUGUCGUGUAGGCAUCAUGCCCUACAAGCAGUACACUCGCGGCUGUGUUGGUAUAGUGUCCAAGUCAGGUACAUUGAGCUACGAAGCUGUUGGGUCUACUUCACGGGUUGGCUUGGGACAAAGUCUCGUUAUAGGAAUGGGAGGCGAUAUGCUACCAGGCACGACCCUGGCAGAUGGACUGAAGCUCUUCUUCGACCAUGAUGAAACCAAGGGAAUCAUCGUCAUUGGAGAGAUUGGGGGCGAGGCAGAGCUCGAAGCCGCGGAGCUCAUUAGAGAACAUCGUCGCACGUCCCCAAGACCCAAGCCUGUCAUAGCAAUGGUAGCAGGGCGCACGGCGCCCGAAGGAAAGGCCAUGGGACAUGCCGGUGCGAUCUGGAGAGAUGGAGAUAUUGCUGCGGAGGCGAAGAGUAAAGCUCUCGAAGAUGCGGGAGCUGUCAUCGUGCCGCACCCCGGAGUCAUGGGCGAAAGGAUGAAGGAGUUGCUUGGGAUUUGCCACGAGAAGCUCUAUGUGUUCCUUCCCCUUCUUUCACUCUCCUUCGCCAAUAUCCUCAAGACUUGCAGGAUUCCUCACGGCUCGGAACUCAGCAUCAACACAACACAGAUAUCAGCAAACAAUAUGUCCAGCUUUGACAUCGAAGUCGACCCUUUGACCAAUAGAGUCUAUCUCGGAGAGUAUUACAACCUCUGUUUUGUCUACCGCGACAGACCCUCUCUUGCUCGCGCCAGAUUUAUUUCCCGUAUUCAAUGGGGCCUAGGACGCCUUACGAAAGAAAUCCCUUGGAUCGCCGGCCAAGUCCAACAUGACGGAUACACAGAUCAGGGAGCCAAUAAAUACAAGAUCAUCCCUUUUCAGGUGACGCCUCGCUUCCAAUUCGAGGACCUUCAAAAUACCUCCUCUGAAGACUUUAAAGACAUAAAGGGCGAGGACUUUCCCAUGGACUGGAUCAACGGGAAUCAUAUCCCCAUACAGGAGCCUUUGACAGACGGGCCCUGUCCUGUGAUGGAGUUAAAGUUCACCAUCGAACCAGGCGCUUCUGUCCUCACCAUCAGUAUGAGCAGCAAAGUCGUCGAUAGGACAGGUCUAAUUAUCAUGGUUCGAAUGUUGUUUAAAGCCUGUAUUCAGGAUAAAAUUCCGCCCUUGGAUUUAUCGAUGACAGAGAAACACGCCGCGUUUUUUAAUAAUGGCAAGAGGGAAAGACGGCAUGACAGAACCCCUGUCAGAAUUUUGCCGGCGGAUCUUCAAUCAGCCCAUAGCCCGUCGUUUAAGGCAAAAGCUAUUUCAUGGGCUCUGUUCUCUUUUGAUCGAGAAGCUGUGCGAGGCAUCGAGGGAUUGGUCUCGGGUGACAGCCCCUCACAAUACCUCGUGGAUACUGAUCAGGUUUUUACCGCAUUUGUAUUUCGAAGCUUAUGCUGUGCAAGGGACGGCCGACUCACAUCGGGAUGGACAGCGAGAUGCUUUCGUACGGUCGAUGCACGCAAUGCUCGUGGAGCCCGAACAGUUGAGGGGAUCCAUUUCGGAGCACUUCAACACAUGACUUGCAGCAGCUUUACCAACCCGAGCACUAUGAGUAUCGGGAGAAUUGCGACGGACUUGUACAGGGCCUCGUCUCCAUUCGUACUCAGUCAGGACGUGGAACAUUUCGUGUUUAAUUCGGGUACGACUUUCUCUUCUGACGCAAUUUUCAACCCUGAGCAAGAUGUUGCUGUAGUCUCCUGGGCUGAUGUGGAAUGCAAGAACCCUGACUAUAUGUUAACACACGGCUGGAGUCCCCAGUGUAUCAGGGUUCCGUCUCAUCUGCCGGCAUCAGAGGGUCUUGUGUAUCUCAUGCCCCGAAGUGCGGAGGAUGAAAGGACAGUGGCUCUAUCGUUGCGGAAGACGGAUCUGGAAUACUUAUUGGGAUUAUCAGAUUGGGUUGAUCGUGCGACAUACGCCGCAUGGUGA